GGGCAUUGCACAGGUGACCCGGGAAAGAAGAAACUGUAUUCUUCAAAUAGCCCAGCUGUCCUCUUUAUAUUCAUCUUUCCUCUGGUCCCCAGACUUUUGCAUUUCUCCCCGGCUCUGCUCAACUGACAAGAAUACCAUAAACAUCCUUAUAGAAAGAGAAUUUCUUCCCCCGAUUUAUUCUUAUUCCUCAAGAAGCACUAUUAUUUUUCCCUUGGGCAGUUACUCUCCCCUCCCAGCCCCUGUCCCAACUUCCCCUUCUUCAGGGUUUGUUUUUCCAUCCAGCCCUUCAGUGGCCUUUGACCCUACGAUUUGCUCUGUGGGGCCGGCGUUACUCUCCUGUCGCAGCUCACCCUCUUCGCCCUGCCUUGAGGUUUCUUCACUCCUCUCCCUCUCCCCCAUCCCAUUCCUGGAGGCUCUGGGUUGGAGGUGGUACCCUGGCUUCUCCUCCCUCCUUGAACCCCCGAGAUAUUUUUGCUAGGUUAAGAGGCCGCCAAGGCUGGGCUGGUGAGGCCAAUAAUCGCUCGCACCCGGAGCCCGAGCCUGACGUCACCGCGCCCGCCUGUCAAUCUCUCGCGGGCGCGCAGCACGCAGCCGCCUCUCCUGCCCGCGUCUCUCACUCGCGGCGGCAGGCGCAGCGACAGACGACCGGCGUCCCGAGCUUGCCUCCCGGCCAGCAGCUGCUCGGUCCGCGCAGGGAGCUCAGCCGGGCUCGCCGCCUCGGCGCGCAUGAACAGCGACCUCCUGACUUCCCAGGGUGCAGCAUCUGGAAGCGAUGAACACGAGCGCUGCCUCGCUCAACGAGUCCCAGGUGGUGGGAGUGGCUGCCGAGAGAGCGGCGGCGGCGGCCACAGCAGCAGGGGCGCCGGACACCGGCGAGUGGGGCCCCCCGGCAGCAGCGGCAGCGCUGGGAGGCGGCGGCGGAGCUAAUGGGUCGCUGGAGCUGUCGUCGCAGCUACCUGCAGGGCCGCCCGGAUUGCUGCUGUCGGCGGUGAAUCCCUGGGACGUGCUGCUAUGUGUGUCCGGGACGGUGAUUGCGGGCGAAAACGCACUGGUGGUGGCGCUCAUAGCGUCCACGCCGGCGCUGCGCACGCCCAUGUUCGUGCUCGUGGGAAGUCUGGCCACCGCUGACCUGCUGGCGGGCUGCGGCCUCAUCCUGCACUUCGUGUUCCAGUACGUGGUGCCCUCGGAGACUGUGAGCCUGCUCACGGUGGGCUUCCUAGUGGCCUCCUUCGCCGCCUCGGUCAGCAGCCUGCUAGCCAUCACGGUGGACCGUUACCUGUCCCUCUACAACGCGCUCACCUAUUACUCGCGCCGGACCCUGUUGGGCGUGCACCUCCUGCUCGCUGCCACCUGGACGGUGUCCCUGGGCCUCGGGCUGCUGCCGGUGCUUGGCUGGAACUGCUUGGCCGAGCGCGCCUCCUGCAGCGUGGUGCGCCCGCUGACUCGCAGCCACGUGGCGCUGCUCUCCGCUGCCUUCUUUGUGGUUUUCGGGAUCAUGCUGCACCUGUACGUGCGCAUCUGCCAGGUGGUCUGGCGCCACGCUCACCAGAUCGCGCUGCAGCAGCACUGCCUGGCGCCGCCCCACCUCGCCGCCACCAGAAAGGGUGUGGGAACGCUGGCCGUGGUGCUGGGCACUUUCGCAGCCAGCUGGCUGCCCUUUGCCAUCUAUUGUGUGGUGGGCAGCCACAAGGACCCGGCCAUCUACACCUACGUCACCCUGCUGCCUGCCACCUACAACUCCAUGAUCAAUCCAAUCAUCUACGCCUUCCGCAACCAGGAGAUCCAGCGCGCCCUGUGGCUCCUGUUCUGUGGCUGUUUCCAGUCCAAAGUGCCCUUCCGCUCCAGGUCCCCUAGUGAGGUCUGAAGGGCUUCCUCUUUCCUCUCACCAACACCACAUACCCAACAAGCCAGCCUUCGGUGAGCUUCUUGGUGCCUGUCGAUGAACUCUAAGAUCCCUAUGGUGUGAGUCUGACUUCGCUGGGGAAAAAGAGGGACUAAAGAAAAAUGCAACAGACUCACAAGGACAAAGAGGCUUGUUGGCACUUUACAUAUACAGUGUAUACAUGUGUACAUAUAUAUACAAAUAUUUGUAUCUUUUGGAGGCGUUCAGGAUGUGGGGCUUCCUGUGCUGUGAAAAAUUAACAAAAAGAUGUGGUUGUAGACUCAAAUCGUACAUCACAUUUGUCAUGUGAAAGCAUUCUAAUAUUGCUUAAUAUAAUAGCACUUUAUUUUUAGCUGCUGAACUGCCAAAACAGUGUUGUCAUUUUCAAGGGCAGAGGGAAAGGAAUAAAAAGUGUAUUUUUGUUGUAUGUGAUAGAAUAUUUUGCUGCACAUGCAUCAACAAAUUACAACAUAUUUUGUACACAAAUAAACAUUUAAAA